CGCUCGCCUCCUCCCCGCGCGGUCAGUCGGAGCCCAGGUGGCAGCGGGGCGGCCCGGAGCGCCCGAGGAUGCUCGGCUGGGCGCUGGUCCUGCUCUGGGGGCUGCUCCCCGCGGGGGGCUCGGCGGACGCCCUGCCGCACCGCAGCGCGCUCGACGCCGACGGCCGCUACUGGCUGAGCUGGGGCCCGCGCGGCAGCCGCCUCGCCUUCCGUCUCGAGGUGCGCACGACCGGCUACGUGGGCUUGGGCUUCUCGCCCACCGGGGGCAUGGCCGCGGCUGACAUCGUGCUGGGCGGGGUGGCCCACGGGCAGCCCUACCUGCAGGAUUAUUUUACAAAUGAAAAUAGGGAAUUGAAAAAAGACGCUCAACAAGAUUACCACCUAGAAUAUGCCAUGGAAAACAACACACAUACAAUAAUUGAAUUUACCAGAGAACUACAUACAUGUGACAUAAAUGAUAGGAGUAUAACGGAGAGUACUGUCAAAGUGAUCUGGGCCUACCACCAGGAGGAUGUGGGAGAAGCUGGUCCUAAGUAUCAUGAUUCCAAUCGUGGCACCAAGAGUCUUCGGUUACUGAAUCCUAAGAAAGCCAACAUGUUCUCUACAGCCACAUCAUACUUUGACCUGAUAAAUCAGGACGUCCCUGUUCCAAACAAAGGUACAACAUAUUGGUGCCAAAUGUUUAAGAUUCCUGUGUUCCAGGAAAAGCAUCAUGUAAUAAAGGUUGAACCAGUGAUACAGAAAGGCCAUGAGAGUCUGGUCCAUCACAUCCUGCUUUAUCAGUGCAGCAGCAACUUUAAUGACAGCGUCCUGGACUAUGGCCAUGAGUGCUACCACCCUAACAUGCCUGAUGCUUUCCUAACCUGUGAGACUGUUAUCUUUGCCUGGGCCAUCGGUGGAGAGGGUUUUUCCUAUCCACCUCAUGUUGGAUUAUCUCUUGGCACUCCAUUAGACCCUCACUUUGUUCUCCUGGAAGUCCAUUACGACAAUCCAACAAAUAUAGAAGGUUUAAUAGAUAAUUCUGGACUGAGGUUAUUUCAUACAACAAAUAUAAGGAAUUACGAUGCUGGGGUGAUUGAAGCCGGCCUUUGGGUUAGCCUCUUUCAUACCAUUCCUCCCGGAAUGCCUGAGUUUUUUUCGGAGGGUCACUGCACCCUGGAAUGCCUGGAUGAGGCACUGGAAGCUGAAAAGCCAAGUGGAAUCCAUGUGUUUGCUGUUCUUCUCCAUGCUCACCUGGCUGGCAGAGGAAUCAAGCUGCGUCACUUUCGCAAAGGAGAGGAAAUGAAAUUACUUGCUUAUGAUGAUGAUUUUGACUUCAAUUUUCAGGAGUUUCAGUAUCUACAAGAAGAAAAAACUAUCCUACCAGGAGAUAAUCUGAUAACUGAAUGUCGUUACAACACUAAAGAUAGAGCCCGGAUGACAUGGGGAGGACUAAGUACCAGGAAUGAAAUGUGUCUUUCGUACCUUCUUUAUUACCCAAGAAUUAACCUUACUCGAUGUGCCAGUAUUCCAGACAUUAUGGAACAACUUCAGUUUAUUGGUGUUAAGGAGAUCUACAGGCCAGUCACGACCUGGCCUUUUAUUAUAAAAAGCCCCAAGCAAUAUAGAAACCUGACUUUCAUGGAUGCAAUGAAUAAAUUCAAAUGGACUAGAAAAGAAGGUGUCGCCUUCAAUAAACUUGUCCUCAACCUGCCUGUGAACGUGAGAUGCUCCAAGACUGACAAUGCAGAGUGGUCGAUUCAAGGAAUGACAGCAUCCCCUCCAGACAUAGAAAGGCCCUACAAAGCAGCACCUCCAGUGUGUGAAGUACCUUACUCCUCCUCCUCCUCCUCCUCCUCUUCCUCCUCCUCCUUGGCGACGCGCAGGCGCGGCUUCCUCCUGAUGCACCUGUGCCUCAUGUUGUUCAGCGUGUGGCCCUGGUCCUAG